CUGACUUCUGCAAACAUCACAUCGGAACUUCAGUCACCACACAAUAGUGCCUUCUUGCGUGUUUGAUGGCAAAAGCAGUAUUUGACAUGGUCGCCUCGUACCUGCAUAUAGAUGACGUCAGGUAUACUACACCAACUACACGAUAAAACAUCCAGCUCCUAUAUUGCAGCAUUCUCCUCUAUUACAAUCCGUUAAUACGACUCCGAUUGCUUCCAAAGAAAAGAUAUCUGAAGGGCUCUUACAGUCAUCACACCAAAAUGUCAUCCCCAGCCCCCUUCAAGCUCCUCGCCAACUACAGCGUAACCGGCUUCCUCCUCAGCACUGGCCUGCUCGGGCUCCUCAGUCCCAAAACCAUGGCCGCACUCUUCGGGAUGCCCAUUCAAGACAACACAUUCGCCUCGGGCUUCGUGCAAUGCAUGGGCGGGCGAAACUUGACAUUUGGCAUUAUAUCCGCUAUCUUCGUGCAGCGCCGCGAUCUAAGGGCUGCGGCGACGAUGGCAACGCUGUUGGCGGUUGAUGGGUGUGUGGAUGGCUGGGUGACAUGGAGAUAUGCGGGGAUUUGGGCUGCUGUGCCGCAUUUUGGGGCUGCGGCAGUGAUUCCUUUUGUGGCUGCUUGGAUGAUGAGUUGAUGGGGGUCUUGUCUCUCAGGAACCACCAGUAAGAUAGAUUCAAGAGCGAGAAUCCUUCUAU